GGGGCGAUGUUGUUGGGGACGGCGAGCAGUGUGGCGUCGGUGCCGUGUCGCGGCGCCGCUGAGCGGCCAUAGCCGCUAUCGCUUGUGCCCGUCACGGCGCCCCGCCCGUGCGGCCGGCAAAUGAGUGCACAAAGUGACGUAAUCUCGUCUCGGCUGCUGAGGGUCCCAGGCGCCGCCGAGAAGCGCGGCUCGGUGGGCGGGUCUCCGCGCUGAUACGGUGUAACGGGCACAUUCCUUCUCUAAUGGAGUCGGAGGCUGCGACCCACAGCUCAGUCUGUAGGGCGGAAGGGCGGGAUGAGUAGAAGCGAGCAAGCGAGUGCCCCAUUUAAGGGGCAAAUCUCGCAGCCAACUGCCAGAGGAAGAAGGGGAGGGAGCCAGUGAGGGAUGUGAAGAGGGGCAACGCUAAGCGGUGACAGCCAGCAAGUGCAACCAAUGAGUGAGCGUGUAGUGACGCGAGAGCCCAAUUAAAAGAGCUGAAAGGCGGGGCUUCGCUGUGAUUGACGUGCGUCCUGGCUAAUGGGCGGAGAGAUCCCCCAGACUCUUCCCAAUGGGCAGCGUGAAGGGGCGGAAAGGGGAGCGGAAGGAGAAGACGAGCAGGCAGAAGGACCAAUCAGCGCUAGGAUCGGCGGGGCGCCGUCCAAUGGGCGGCGCGAGGGGCGGUGCGGAGGCGUGUCCCGGUGUGUUUGGGUUCGUGCUCCUCGGGGGAGGGAGAGACGGCGGCGAGGAAAGUUUGGUUUUGGUUUUUUUUUUUUUUUCCCCCCCCGGUGGUGUUUUUUUGGCGGCGCCGGCGGAGGGGGGGAGGGGAACGCUUUUCGCAGCUUCUUCGCCUUUUGCUUCCUGGGGUUCGCGUUCCCCGGGCGGGCGGAGCCGCCCCCGGCACUGAGAAGAACGGGGGCUCAGCGCACCGCGGCGGCGCCUCGGCGGGUUUCGUUUUUGCACUGAAUGUAGCCAGGACGGAUCCUUGUGGGCUUUGGCAGCCCUUGGAAACUGUCAAAGGCAGUAUUUUGCAUUUCUGCAGAGCUUUGCACAGAUCCUGUUCCCAUGCAAACUGAUGAGGGAGAAAUACUGGAGGAAGGCAGUUCCAAGGUCAGUGAGAUGGAACAUGAGGAUUUUGUAAUGGAGGGGCAUGGCAAGACUCCACCUCCUGGUGAAGAAAACAAACAAGAGAAGGAGCAAGAAAGGGAAGAACAGUUAAUGGAAGACAAGAAAAGGAAGAAAGAGGAUAAGAAAAAGAAGGACUCUGCUCAGAAGGUCACAGAUCAAAAAACCAAAGUGCCCGAAGUGACGAAACCAAGUUUAAGCCAACCAGUGGCUGCCAGCCCAAUUGGCAACUCUCCAUCGCCACCAGUCAAUGGUGGCAACAAUGCCAAAAGGGUGGCAGUGCCGAACGGACAACCGCCAAGCGCCGCCCGCUACAUGCCUCGGGAGGUGCCGCCGCGAUUCCGUUGCCAGCAGGACCACAAAGUGUUACUGAAACGUGGGCAGCCUCCUCCGCCAUCCUGCAUGCUCCUUGGGGGUGGAGCAGGGCCUCCCUCCCCAGCAGCACCAGGAGCAAACCCAAACAACGCACAACCAGUGACAGGAGCACUGCUGCAGAGUGACAGUGGGACUGCAACAGAUUCAGCAAUUGGAGGUGCUGCUGCUUCAAAUUAUGCAAAUUCCACUUGGGGUCCUGGAGCCUCCUCCAACAGCGGCACCAACGCCAACCCAACUCACAUCUGGGACAAGGUGAUUGUAGACGGGUCUGACAUGGAAGAGUGGCCUUGUAUUGCCAGCAAAGAUGCUGAGUCUUCUUCCGAAAACACCACCGAUAACAACAGUGCCUCGAACCCUGGCUUGGAGAAGAAUGCUCUGCCAGGAAGCACCACUAGUAACAAAGGAAAAGGAAGCCAGUGCCAGUCUGGAAGCGCUGGAAACGAAUGUAAUCUUGGGGCCUGGAAAUCUGAUCCCAAGGCUAAAUCUGUUCAAUCUUCCAAUCCUGCUGCCGAGAGUAACAAUGGACUAGGUAAUUGGAGGAACUUGAGUGGACAGGACAGAAUCAGUCCCGGUUCUGGCUUCAGCAACUUUAACCCAAAUAGCAACCCAUCUGCUUGGCCAGCACUGGUUCAAGAGGGCAAUUCUAGGAAAGGAACUCUGGAAUCUGAUAGUGGUAGCUCCAAUGCACAGAUUAGCACAGUAGGUCAGACCUCUAGGGAACAGCAGUCAAAGAUGGAAAAUGCGGGUGUUAACUUUGUCUCUGGCAGAGAACAGGCUCAAAUUCAUAACACUGAUGGACCAAAAAAUGGAAACACUAACUCCUUGAACUUAAGUUCACCAAACCCUAUGGAGAAUAAGGGAAUGCCCUUUGAAAUGGGCUUGGGGAACCCUUCCAGGAGCACUGACACCCCUUCUCAAAGCACUGGAGAAAGAAAGACUGGGAGUGUUGGGUCUUGGGGUACAGCUAGGGGGUCUUCUGGAACUGACACAGUCUCUGGGCAGAGCAAUUCUGGAAACCAUGGGAACAAUGGAAAGGAUAGAGAGGACUCCUGGAAAGGAGCUUCUGUUCAAAAACCUAAUGGGUCAAGAAGUGAUUCUUGGGAUAACAAUAACCGGUCUACGGGUGGUGGGUCUUGGAACUUUGGCCCUCAGCAUGCAAAUGAAAGCAAAUGGGGUGAAGGGAACAAAUUAACAUCUGGGGUCUCUCAGGGAGAAUGGAAACAGCUGUCUGGGUCUGAUGAACUGAAGAUUGGAGAGUGGAGUGGUCCAAACCAACCAAAUUCUAGCACUGGAGCAUGGGACAAUCAAAAAGGCCACCCUCUUCCUGAAAACCAAGGCAAUUCCCAGGCUCCCUGUUGGGGAAGAUCUUCCAGCUCUGCGGGAAGUGAGGUUGGAGGUCAAAGCACUGGAAGCAACCACAAAGCAGGAAGUAGUGACAGUCACAAUUCUGGACGCCGAUCAUACAGGCCUACGCAUCCUGACUGCCAGGCAGUCCUGCAGACCUUGCUGAGCAGGACUGACUUGGACCCCCGAGUGCUUUCAAACACUGGCUGGGGCCAGACUCAAAUUAAGCAAGAUACCGUGUGGGACAUUGAAGAGAUGCCACGGCCCGAGGGAAAGUCUGAUAAAGGAACUGAGGGGUGGGAGAGCUCUGCCACACAGACAAAGAACUCAGGGGGCUGGGGUGAUGUACCCAGCCAAAGCAAUCAAAACAAGUCUGGAUGGGGUGAGCUCUCAACCCCAACGGAGUGGAAGGACCCCAAAAGUACUGGAGGAUGGAAUGACUAUAAGAACUCCAAUUCUUCUAAUUGGGGAGGAGGAAGGCAAGAAGAAAAAUCAUCUUCCUCUUGGAAUGACAGCUCUAGUAAGGAUCAGGGGUGGGGUGGACGGCAAACUAAUCAAGGAUGGUCUUCUGGAAAGAACGGUUGGGGAGAGGAAGUUGACCAAACGAAAAGCAGUAACUGGGAAAGUGCAGGAAGCAAGCCAGUGUCUGGUUGGGGUGAAGGUGGGCAAAAUGAGAUUGGAACUUGGGGUAAUGGUGCAAAUACAAGCUCUGCUUCAAAGGGUGGAUGGGACGAUUGUAAAAGAACUUCAACAUGGAACGAGACGGGUCGACAGCCCAACUCCUGGAACAAGCAGCAGCAACAGCACCAGCAGCAACAGCAGGAGUCUUCUGGUUCCUGGGGUCCACCGCCCCAAACUCCAAGUAAUGGGCGGCCUCCAAACCCAAACUGGAACAAUGGACCACAGCCAGCUGCCCCCAAAGAGGAGGAGCCUAGUGGCUGGGAAGAACCUUCUCCACAGUCAAUCAGUCGAAAAAUGGAUAUUGAUGAUGGCACUUCAGCGUGGGGAGAUCCUAGCAGUUAUAACUACAAGAAUGUGAAUCUGUGGGACAAGAACUCACAAGGAGGACAGGCCCCACGGGAGCAGAGCCUGCCUACUCCAAUGACUAGUAAAUCACAAGCAUCAGUCUGGAGCAAAAGCACUCCACCUGCUCCAGACAAUGGUACGUCCGCCUGGGGUGAGCCAAAUGAAACCAGUCCCGGGUGGGGUGAAGUAGAUGAUACAGGAGCAUCGACUACAGGCUGGGGGAAUGCACCUUCCAACGCCCCGAAUGCCAUGAAAUCUAGUUCUAAAUCUAUGCAAGAUGGCUGGGGAGAGAGUGAUGGGCCAGUGACAGGAACACGUCAUUCCAGCUGGGAAGAGGAGGAGGAGGGAGGAGUCUGGAACACAGCAGGCUCUCAGGGAAGCAGUUCCUCCCACAACUCAACAAGCUGGGGACAAGGAGGAAAGAAAACACAAAUGAAGUGUGCAUUAAAAGGAGGAAAUAGUGAUUCGUGGAUGAACCCUUUAUCCAAACAGUUUUCAAAUAUGGGCUUGCUAAGUCAAACUGACGACAUUCCAGGCAGUAAGAUGGACUUGUCUGUAGGUGGUCUCCCAGAUAAGAAGUUUGAGGUAGAUAAACGAGCCGUGAAUCUUGGGGAUUUUAAUGACAUGAUGAGAAAGGAUCGAUCUGGGUUCCGUCCACCUAAUUCCAAAGACAUGGGAACCACAGACAGUGGGCCUUAUUUUGAGAAGCUGACUUUGCCUUUCUCCAAUCAAGAUGGGUGCCUUGGGGAUGAGGCUCCCUGCUCUCCCUUCUCCCCUUCUCCCAGCUACAAGCUGUCUCCCUCUGGUUCCACACUAUCCAACGUCGGCCUUGGGGCAAUCGGCUCAGGGCUCAGUCCCCAAAACUUCGCUGCUAGACAAGGUGGCAAUCAUGGUUUGUUUGGAAACAGCACAGCACAAUCGAGGGGCAUGCACACACCAGUGCAGCCACUAAAUCCUUCCCCCAAUAUCCGGGCGCAAGUGCCUCCCCAAUUCCUUUCUCCCCAGGUUUCGGCCUCCAUGCUCAAACAGUUUCCCAACAGUGGCUUGAAUCCUGGUCUUUUCAAUAUGGGCCCCCAGCUUUCUCCACAACAGAUUGCCAUGCUGAGCCAGCUUCCACAGAUUCCCCAGUUUCAAUUAGCUUGUCAGCUCCUCCUUCAGCAGCAGCAGCAGCAACAGCUGUUACAGAGCCAGAGAAAGUUAUCUCAAGCUGUGCGACAACAGCAGGAGCAACAGAUUGCUCGUAUGGUGAGUGCCCUCCAGCAGCAGCAGCAGAGGCAGCCUGGCAUGAAGCAUUCGCCAUCCCACCCUGUUGGGCCUAAGCCACAUUUAGACAGCAUGGUACCCAAUCCUUUGAAUGUGGGUCUCUCAGAUUUACAGACCAAAGGGCAGAUACCUGGAUACGGUUCAGGUGGCUUUGGCUCAAGUGGCAUGGAUUAUGGCAUGGUGGGAGGGAAAGAGGCUGGAACAGAAUCCCGCUUUAAGCAGUGGACUAUGAUGGAAGGGCUGCCCUCUGUGGCUUCACAAGAUGCCAAUAUGCACAAAAAUGGUGCAAUAGUGCCCCCUGGAAAGGCUCGUGGAGGAUCGCCCUACAACCAGUUUGACAUAAUCCAGGGCGACCCACUCAGCAGCCAUGCAGGCCCUGCUGGUGAUAGUUGGUUACCUGCCAAAUCUCCACCAACAAACAAGAUUGGAAGUAAAUCCAGCAAUGCCAGCUGGCCUCCAGAGUUCCAACCAGGAGUGCCAUGGAAAGGUAUACAAAACAUUGACCCUGAAUCUGAUCCCUACGUGACCCCUGGAAGUGUGCUGGGGGGGACAGCCACAUCUCCCAUUGUAGAUACUGACCACCAACUUUUGCGGGACAACACCACAGGGUCUAAUUCUUCCCUCAACACCUCGCUGCCUUCACCUGGUGCCUGGCCCUACAGUGCCUCUGACAAUUCCUUCACCAAUGUUCAUAGCACUUCAGCAAAAUUCAGUGAUUACAAAUCAACAUGGUCCCCAGAUCCCAUAGGACACAAUCCCACUCAUCUCUCCAACAAGAUGUGGAAAAACCAUAUUUCCUCAAGGAACACUACAGGGCUGCCCCGCCCACCUCCUGGCCUGACCAACCCCAAACCAUCAUCUCCAUGGAACAGCACAGCACCCCGAUCGGUCAGGGGCUGGGGGGCACAGGACUCAAGGCUUGGCUCUGCAUCUACUUGGAGUGAUGGUGGCUCAGUUCGUCCUAGCUACUGGCUGGUUCUUCACAAUCUCACUCCACAGAUUGAUGGGUCAACCUUGAGGACGAUCUGCAUGCAGCAUGGCCCACUGCUGACAUUCCAUCUGAACCUGACCCAGGGCACCGCCCUCAUCCGAUAUAACACCAAACAAGAGGCGGCCAAGGCCCAGACUGCACUGCACAUGUGUGUGUUGGGAAACACUACCAUCCUGGCUGAGUUUGCCACAGACGAAGAGGUUAGUCGCUUUUUGGCACAAGCUCAGCCCCCUACGCCUGCAGCAACCCCGAGUGCACCCGCAGCGGGCUGGCAAUCCCUGGAGACAGGACAGAACCAGACAGAUCCAGUUGGACCUGCUUUGAAUCUCUUUGGUGGGUCAACAGGGCUUGGGCAGUGGAGCAGUGGUGGCGGCGGCGGCAGCAGUGGGGGUGAUCUCACUGGCGCUUCAUUGUGGGGGCCCCCAAACUAUUCUUCAAGCUUGUGGGGGGUCCCAAGCGUAGAGGAUCCACACAGAAUGGGCAGCCCUGCUCCCUUACUACCUGGAGACCUUCUGGGAGGAGGGUCGGAUUCAAUCUGAACUUAGAACUUUCAACUCUGACCUCGUGACCUUUUUUGGAACAGCAGCAGCACUAACUUGACCUUUUUCGUUUUUUUCAACUUGCAAUAAAUACAUUUAUAAAAGGAAAAAAGAAAAUGGAGAAAGAAAAAAAAGGUGGGUCAUUGACAGACUGUCUGAGCACAUAGUUGCCUCCCUUAUAUAACUUCAGUUUUUUCGUUUGGAAUAUGAAUCCAAAAAGAGAACAUAUCACUCUUGAAAUACUUGAAUCGUGAACGCCAACUUAGAAAGACAAUGUGAAGCAAGUACACAUACCAUUUAAAUUUAAACAGAAAAAAUUAAAAAAAUUAGUUUCUAGUUUUUCACUUUUUCAUGUUAUACGGAAGUUGUUGCUAAGAAACAUAUAUACUGAAAAAAUAGCUUUUUAACUUUGUUUGCACUGGGUGUGUUUCCGUCCUUAGGUCUACCAUGUUGGGUUGGGGUUGGGGAGGGGUUCAAAAGAAUAAGGGGAGGGAGGGAAAGACUUGACGGAGCCUCACUUUAAAAACAACAACAAAAAAAAAAAACCUAGAAAAAAAAUUUAAAAAUUAAAAACCCACAAAAAAAAACAAAACAGAAAAAACAAACAAAACAAAAAAACCAACACUUUGUGAUUGGCUGGUUGAUAAGUACCAGUGUGUUCUGGCACAUGUAACUGCCCACGUGUGCUUGUUUCUGUGUGAGUGCGUGUGCACAUGUUCGUGUGUGUGCAUUUUUUUUCUCUCUCUAUAUAAUCUUGAAACGCUGCAUUGCUGAUGGUCUACAGGCUGGCUGGCCAUCUGCAUGUCUUGAUUCUGAGAGCAAGACAGGCACGGUGGUGGAGUCCCUGUGGCUGAAGCGGAAUCCAGUUGGGCUGGAUUUAAAUUUGUCAGUAGGUUUUUUUAAAUUCGUUUUAGCAGGGUGCUAUCUGAAUCUGCAGAUCAUACAGAGUGGAUAGUUGCUUUCAAGCCCUUGUUCUAACCCUGUGGUAGAGCAGAACACUGCCAUAUCCUAAGGAUUUGGUGAGGGGGGAGACAAUGUUGUGUUUUGAGUAAUAGUGUCUUUAUUUAUGUCUGCACGUGGGGUUUUUGUACUGAAUGAACCCUAGAGUGUUUGUUAUAUAAUGCAAGCCAUUUAUUUCUUACAACAAGGGGAAAAGAGGAGGGAAGACAUUGCCAUUUUUUGUGCAGAUAGACAAAUGUUCUUUUUCAGUCUUGCAAGCUUCAGUACCUUUUAAAAAAAGUGUUUCUUUUCUCCCCCAAACUUAAAUAAGCACCUGUACUCAUUCUAGAGGAAUCCAUCUAAAGCUUGAAAAUCCAGCCCAACCAAAUUAGCCUUUUAGUUGAUUUACUGCUUCUGUUAAAACUGACAAAAAACUAAAUGGUGUCAGCAAAGUGCCGGCCAGCCUGCCUCAUCUCCUGAAAGCACAUGCAGCUAACUCCUUCCUGCGUCCUUCAUGGUGAGCGUUACCUGUGCCAGGCCUUGGUGUCAUUACAGCACCAGACCAUCACUGACAGAAACGUUUACUUACGAAUGUUCUUAAACCAGUGUGUACUUCAAAGGUUUCCUUUUGUUUCUCUGUGUUGUGUUUUUUCCUGUGUACGUGGUUUUGCUUAGGGAGGUAUAUAACUAGCAAAGACUUUUUUUUUUUUUAAAGAAGUAUUGCACCUUUUUGUUUUUUGUUUUUACUUUUUUCUGUACUGUUGCUUUUUAAUUUCUGUAUUUAAGGAAAGGUUUGGGGUUUUUUUAGCAUCAGUGUAGUAGUACUCUGGGCAGGAUAGGGGUGACCUAUAAUCCACAGUGAUAGCCAGUGUGUGCGUGCAUGUGUGCGCUGGGAACAAAACUUUUAAGACCUGUUGUGAAAAGAUCUGUAGCAGACUUGAAGGAGCAUCCCUUGACACAAAGCAGGAAGUCUUUUGUGGGGCUGGGGCCAGGGAAAGAGAGAUGCCCAUACUUUUUUCAUAAGUGCUAGGACUUCCAUGUGGCAUUGUCCAGCUGUUACACUGUCUAACAAAGUGCCGACCUUCUGUACCAGCACAUACCUGUCCAUUCCAGCCCUCGGAGGGAGCAGUGCUUUGUCACCUGGCGGAGGGGGCAGAUAGGGGAGUCUGUUUCUUCAGCAUUUUCAUUGAAGGAUAUGACCAAUGCAUUUAACUCAUGGGUUUGGUGGGCAGAAGCAAAAACAGAUGCAAGUCAUGGGGGGAGGUUGGUGAGCGUGUGUGUGUGUGUGUGUACGCCUGUGUGCUGGGGGUGGGAGGGAAGGGCUAGGGAAUUACAUGGCUGUUGUAUUUAAUUCGCCCUUUCUAUGUUAACCCAAUGUCACAAGGAAGACUGAGGGAAAUGCUGCAUAUACACACGCCUGUAGAUUUGUAUGCAAAGCGUUAAGUGGUAAAAAAGUAUGAGUAGGUUUGUAUUUGUUUAGUAAACUGGAGUGUGCAGCAUACUCUGGCCCGUUUGGAAAAUCCUUUCCUAUCAUGUCUCCUCCAUCUAUUCCACCGUGCACAAAGAAACAAAGUGCUCUCUUUCAACUCCUGCUAGCUGGCUAGUGCCCCUCACGUGCAGGCAUCUGUGCAGCUUUGUUUCUGCUCAAAGACCAAGCGCACUCAGACACGCAGAGCAGGUUCUUAAAAGUCCUGUGCCAGCAGUACUUCCUAGUGAAGCACCUUUGGCCUGAGCAAGCCAGUAUCUGUUCUGUCACAUGAUUUGCUAUACAUACUGGUUCAUUGCUGUGUUCCACCCUCACUUCUCUCUCCCAACCUGCCCUAAGGUCCCUUUUCCUGCACUUUGGGCUAGUUGAGUUCAUUGCGAUACUACGGUGAAAGCCGGGUGCUAGAGCCCCUCUUGUUUACAAGACAUAAUGAGGGAUUUGAAAUACUUAAAAAGAAAAGCUAAAUUGUUCUUCCAUUGUAAGCUUAAAGGGAAAAAAUUAAAACAUACAAAAAAAAAAAAAAAAAAAAAAAAAAAAAGACCAAAAAGUGCAUAUAUAUAUUUUAGAUGAAGACUAACUCUGGGAGCAUUUAACAGUGUUUUUGUUUUUAUUUUAACAUUUUAUUUUCCUGCUUUAAAUUUGCAAGCAUUCUCAGGAAUUCUAGGGUAGGAAGCCAGUUUUUUGAAGAUGGUUUAUUUAACCUUAUCCUAGAUAGAUGGCUGUUUCUUGUUGAUAAACUUUUACAAGUUCCUGAAUCUUCAAAAUGUUUGAAAGUUUUUACUUUAAAAAAAAAAAAGCUAAAAAAAAAUAAAAAGAAAAAGAAAAAAAGAAAAAAUCUCCAAAUGUUACUGUUAAGCGAGGGAUCAAGAAUUUUAAAGACUUUCUAAAUUAAGAUACAUUAAGAAAACUUCUCAAUAUCAGCAACAGGAAUUCAUUGCAAUCUUAAACAAUUUGUGGGAGAAGGGUUAUCAUUUAUCGUGCUUUGUUACUCAUGCAGACAUGUGCAGUUGCAUGGAGAAGAGAAGUGUGUGAAUGGAAACAAACUAUUCCCUCUCGAUUGAAACUAAACAAAAAAAUUCUUACAAGCACCUUUUUAAAAGCAGAGUGAAAGUAUAAACCUUAUUAAAAUGCAGUAGAGUUUAACUGAAAGAAUCCUUGGUUGGGACGACUAGCAGGAAAUACACGAUGGUGCUUCUUUGAACCACUUUUGAGCAGUGCUAAAGAAAACCAGUGCUGACAGAAUACUCAGUAAUGAAGUAGUUCUAUUAACCUGCCUUUUUCAGUACAGAAAAGAAAGAACAUGGAAAAACUCCACAAAAAUGUACAUUGGAAAUCAGCUUUCCUGUUUUCAGCUACUUGGUCAGUUUAAUUCCCCACUUGGAGAUUUGCUGCUUGCUUUUCUUCAUCCACCCCACCUCCCAGUCUUUCUGUUCCAUUUUAUAUGAGGGAAAUAGCUAUUAAACUCCUCUGUUCACCCUGUUGCUGCUGGCUGUCAGGGCUUACAGUCUUGAACUUAAGAGUUGGGUGUUGGGAUGGCCAACUUCUGCCUCCCAGCCCUAAGGGUCAGGGGCUUACUCCGCCUGAAACGGCUCUGCUCAAACCACAAAAACCGCGCUAGUGCCUUGUUACAUGCACCCACAUGCCCUACAGUAGGGGAGGGGAGGGAAGACGAGGCAAAGUGAGGCAGUGUAGCCACUUGAUGGAAAUAGACGUGCCCAUUCUUAAGGGAAGAAGAGCAUGCCGCGUGAGCAAGUCGUGCAAUGAGUUACUUAAUAGUAGUUGAGAUAAGUUGUUAUUAUUAUUAAUAAAAGAAAUCAGAUGCCAAAUUCUUUCUUUCUCAUAGCAGUAGCCCAGUGUUUUCAUGUUGUGCUGCGUGUGCAUGUGAGUCUAUUGAAAAUAAUGCAUCAGUAGUAAUAAUAAUGUGCUUUAAAAAUCCUGUUGUGGCCAGUAGAAGGAGGAUUUACUUAGAAAGUUUAGGAUUUAAUUUUAUUUUAUUGUUUUUUUUAAUGAGAGAAUUUGAGUGCUUUGCCAGAAGCAGUGUCCUAAAAGAGAGGAUACCAUAGCAUUUAGUCAAAGAAGCCGAAAGAUUUGAUAUUCACUUGGAAAUGGAUUGUGACUGACUGCUGAAGUGUUGACAGUCUUAAGUUUUAGCAGUCUGCUGGGUCCAAACCUCUUGUAGUACAACAGUCUGCUCCUCACUUCCUGAAUGUGCAUCCUGUAAGUGUUAGUGACUGUCUCCUCAGUGACAGUUUCCCUGCAUUGUCAAAGUAACAUUAAUCUAUUUUCCAGCUACAGUUGACAGAUCUGUAUAGCUUAGUCAUUGCACUCCCAACCAUUCCAAGUGGUGUCUGAGAAUUGUGAUAACCAGACUCAACUGCUGGGGACACACAUUGCUUAAUGUUGUAAAAAUUCUGCUACCAUUUGAGCUCCUAACAGCAAAAAGUCAGCAGGAAUUGUUGUUAGGGUAUUUCUGGGCUUUUACAAAACUGUUCCUGAGAGGGAGUCUUGGGCAGCAUCUUGUUUAAACAUGUUGCAAGGUGGGGAAGAGAGGCUGGGGAAAGCACAGCUUGGAAUAGACUGAGGGCUUCUCUUUCCAGAUAAAAAUCCAGCCACUUUGCUUACCCUGCCUUGAAUUGUCUAUCAAGGUGAGAGUUUUUUAUCUGAUAAUUCUUUGCUCCAUUUGAGGAUUUCAUCUUAGCAGUGGCAACCGAGUCUAGCAAGCAAAGCAAAGUGUGGUACAGCUCAGAAACCUGUGUUUAGAUUUCUGACAUGUACUUUGGAAUACUUGCCAUCUUUUCCCAGUGUUUUUAUGUUUCUACCUGGACACUUGCUUAGCAGUCUUGACAGUGGGGUUUUUGUUGGUUUAGGGGUUUUUUUACAAUCACAGGGUAUCAGGUUUUUCUUACGUUUUUUUAAUUGUGCUUCACAUUAAGUGGCUUUUGUAAUGAGUAAGAAUGUUAAGCCAAGUAUGUUUUUACCUCUGCAAUAUAAACAGGUUGUUUUCAGAAAACUGGGUGGGAUAACCACCUCAAAGAUUAAAUAACAAUUAAACAUUUAUAUAAGUUGGCCUCUUUUUCUUUUUUACCAUUAAAUUUCUGAGCAUUUAUUCCUUAGAACUUUUGCCCUAUUUUUUCAUCCUAAAAAUGCUGCCACAUCUUCCACUGUGUCCUAAUAGUACAUCCAAAUAGUACUGUAGUUUACUGGGGGGAAAUUUUGGUUAGGUUGGGUUUUUUUGCUUCAUUCUUUAUUACUUUUAACUCUUAAGUUUCUGAUUUUGUUUGUGCAUAUUGUUUUCCUAUUGACUUUAAGAGGAGCACUGUUUGUAUAUCUGAGGUACCAAAAUUUGACCAAGCCUGGUCAAGAAAUGAGCUGGAUCAGGGUUAACGUAGCAGAUGAGGACCUGUUGUGUUUUCAGUGUGUGUUGCAUAUAUCGCCUUCACUGUAAAUCAUGUGACCUUAGUAUCCAGGUUCUCAAGUGGAUUGAAAUGCAGGUUUUGUGGAGGCUGGUUAACAUCUCAGGGUAAUAGUCCUGAUUAAGUGGAAGGUAGGUUUUUGGGGUUUUUUUUCCUAAAGAUGUAAAGUUCCCUUAACAAAAGCAGCUUUCUUAAUUGUAAAUAUGCAUGCAUGCUUUGUGGGCACGAAGGUAAUACCAAGACAACUAUGUUGAAAUUAAUUUUUUUAAAAAAACCCAGUAAACAAAUGCUAUUGAAAUGCAACUUUGGUCCUGAAUCUAAGGCAACAUAUGCAGAAUCUGUUGGUUUGUCUGAAUUGAUUUUGCACACGAUAGCAUUUCAGUUCUGUAGUUUAUUUGCCGCUGUUUCGCAGUUUUAGGAACUGAUACUGUUAGAUCAUAUCAGUCAUUCCCACUGUGAUCAACAUACAGAUAUCUAAAACCCAAACUUUCUUCUCUUUACCUCCAGUACUAGGCUUCCACCUGUGGCAGAAGGAUGUUAACAGUAAUGGGGAGAAAUAUGUGAAGUUUCCCAGGUAGACAGAGUUGGUAUUCCCUGUUGUCCUGAAUCCAGACCUAAACCACAAAGCAGCAGUUAGGCUGUAGCAGUCCUGUUGGUGGAUUAAACGACAGGAGCCAAACUGGAGAUUUUUAACAGCCUUGCGAGUCCGUGUCCUUCACAAUGUUUUGCAUAAGUGUCCCAUCACUGUAAAUACCAGUGUUGCUGAAUUUUACCAAAGUUCCCUUGCAGUAGAUAUUAGAAAAGAGGUCCAUUUUGUAGUGACUCACCAAGCAGAGCUUUGCCUACAGUAGACUUUAAGGGUCUGUCUACAUUGCUGUUAAAAUUGAGUUAGGGUCCUGUUUAAAAUUAUAGUGCUCUAUUUUGUGGUGUUACGUGACUUUAAACUUUGUGAUGUAGUAACUAUAGCUUCUGAUCCUUGUAUGAAAAGUGCUUUAAGAUUUCAUCUGUGCUACAAAAAGCACCACAGCUCCUGGUGGGUUGGAGCCUACUUUUAAAACUUCUCGGGCCACAAUAGAUGCAGUUUCAUCUGUAGCACGCAGCAGACAGCAUCUGUUUAUAUCCACAGUUUGCCUGCGCGUUGCUUUUCAUCGAGCUAUGCAGGAAAGCUUUUCUCUAGAAGUCUCCCAGAGUCCUAGCAAGCUUCUAGCAAAUCAAGUGCCCUCUGCAAAAGAGCCAUUUUUGCCCUGUACGUGUGGUAGUUGGGACUGGUGACAUUCAGCAGUGUUAACGUUCCUGUAAAUUUUGUAGUGAGAAAGGGAGUUUUUUGACUUGACUCUGACAGCCUUUCUGUAAAGUAAUACAGAGCACUCCAGGGAAAAAGGAAAAAGAACAAAAAAAGGGAAGAAUGCAUUGUGCCAGCCAGCGUUAAGUAUUAAAGUAUUUUAGCAGUAAACAUUCUUGACUUCUUGUGGGGGGCAGAGGGGAAGAGACUGGAGAAUUUUGCAUGAGUGCGCAAUACAAGGAGGCCAUGUUUGGCAAGAAAUGUUUCCUUGAGCACUAAAUGCCACUUCUUGGCUACUGGUGUGUGUUGUUACAUCCGCAGAGCUAACUUCCUUGGUUUUUUAUGUUUGUUUUUAUUAAUUGAGACACAGUGGAAGCUCCUCCUGUUUCAGAUGAAACACAACCAACCAUAAGUGAUCAUUUUCUUCAUCGUUUGCUGUUGAGCAGGUUGCACAGCUUGUUAGAAUAGCUAUUUUAGUGACGUGGUUAUGAUAUUAUGUGCUUUCUUUCCCCUCCCUCUCCCUGCCAGAUCUGGCUUACCCUUUCUAUAUAAGGCGCUGUGUGGGUUUUUUUGUUUUGUUUUGGGGACAUGUGGAGAAGAAGCAAAAUGAAGUGAAAAUGCAAGCCAAGGUAGAACAGCCUUACUUUAGGGGGUAGCCUUACAACAGAGCUUUAUAGUGAGUGUGCUGUAUUCCAAAAUAUGUAAGCCAAAAACAAACAAAAAAAGCAUUCAUUUAUGCAAAAAAAAUUAAAAGAGGUGUUGGAAGACUUCUUUAAUAUGUACCUUCUAAAGGUGGAGUAAGGUCUCACCUCACCAAGUGAUAUGUUAUUGUGAUACUUCUUGCUGGGUCAGUAGGAAUGGGUUGGGGUAUAAGCGCUUAAUGUUUCCUCCUAUGUUUUACAAGCAGUAAGUUAAAUGUGGUAUUUAUGAAUGUGCCUUUGUGAGUAUAGUGACUGUCUAACUGAGGAGACCGCUUGGGCUGGAGGGGAGACAAUGGUCAAUUUAUUCUUUCAAGAGGUCAGACAUUGAGAUUGCAGCCCACUGGUCCCUUUUGACAAGCAGCAUCAUUGGCUGGUCUCUACACUGCACAAUACGUAUUCAUAUGUGGUAGAGAUUGGGGUGGGGGGUGCAAAGGGAUGUCAUGUGAUGCACAGAAGCUGUUGAUAGUUCUCGGCUAGUCUGCCGUUGCGGGUUGAGUUUGUAUAUGUAUUAUGUGGCUUCUCUUUAUGUUUGUGUGCAUGAGUGUGAGUGCGUGUGGCUUUGGUUUUUUGUAAGCACUGGAGAAUUGAAACACAGUGGUGUUUGAGACAAAUUUAUACAUGUAGAGAAGAUGAUGUUUUGUAGCUUCUGUUAGAUAGUGGGUGCAGGCACACUUUUACCCUCUCUGCCCGUGUCCUGGUAAGCAAAACAGGAAUUUAUUUUUUUCAACCCUUCAACUUCCAGCACACUUAACGUUGCCAUUUAAAUGAACAGGGUAUAACACAAGAAGAAAAAGAAAAAAAAAAAGAGUUUUUGAAAUGGUGAGGUAGAAGUGUUUAAAAGGAAAAAAUCUGAAGUAAUUUUUUGUUUCUUCAAAGCUGUUUGUAGCUAAACAUGGGAAUCUGCAGUGUCUCCUUCCAUUUGUUUUUAUUUCCUAAUAAUUCACCUCUUCGUCCCACCCAAAACAUGAGGUGUAUAAGAUCAAGAGCUGUUGUUGUAGCGCUUUGUAAUUCCCACACUGAAGAGAAACUCCAGUGGGAUCCCUCAGCUCUAUUCAGGAAGACAAAGAGAGGAGAGACUCUGCAGUUUUCUUUGCUUCGCUCUCAUUCCUCUCUAAUGGCCUUGAAAUGUAUUAUUAUGCAAAUGUGAAUUUUGAUACUGAACUUAAGAAGAGGUUGUUUGUUCUUUUUUCAAAAAAAAAAAAAGGUCCCAUAUGUGGUUAGCAUUGCUUCUUUAUUUUGUAAGUGAAUUGUAAACUAUGCAUUCUGCAAAGGGGGGUAUAGGGGACAAAGAUAUUUUGCUAAACUGUUCAGGAGUUUCUGUGUCCAUGGCAUAUCCAUUAUAGUUUGGGGAAGUGGGGAAGUGAUAACCUUUCUUUUGUCAGAAGCUGGCCAAUGGAUAACUGGGCAGAGAUUUGAAUUGCCAAUGUUGGCUGCUAAACAAAAUCAGCUCUCAGCCUUGCGCAGGGUGAAUUCAGCCACACAGUGUUAACCCAGGGCCAAAAGGGUGACUGGGACACCAGGUCUACAUGGGAAAUAUCUAUCAUCUCCUGUGCUCUGGCCCUUGUUAAGCUCAGGAAACCCACUGCCGCAGGCACUGGUUUUUUUGGAUUUACUACUAGUUUUCCAUUUCAGCAGUCCUUAUGCUCUUCCAGUAGAAUUGGAACAUGGCUAGUCCUUGAUAUCCACACUUCCUUAUCCGUAGCAUCUUCUUUGCUGCUGAUUCUGGUACUGUUCAUACAGUGACAGAGCAUCUGUGAGCAGGAUGGUGGAGAUGGUACUUAGUUUCUAGUGCUGAUCAAAGCCCAGCUAUGAGGACUGUGUGUUUUCAACAUCAGCAGCUACCGGUGUUUUGUUGUCUGGUGUUGCUGCCAGUGACUUAGCACUAAUAUUGAAAGUAUGUGAAAUUUUAGGGCAAGUAGACUGAUAUGUAUACCAGGUCCCCUCUAUUUAAAAGGAACUAUCCUAUUUUUAUUAUAAGGUUAUAUCAUAAUGGUCAUUAAAAAGGAUUUACUUCCUCACAUCUCCAGAAUGCAAUCAUUGUGAUUUUUGUGCAUUCCUUGAAGCUUGCUGGGCUUCCAGGAAGAGUCUCCUCAGAAAAAAUGUAGAUCUCACUGCUCUCUCCAUCAUUAUAAUAGGGACCUUUUGACUUGACUUUUUCCUUUGUCCAUGGUGAGCCAUGGUACCGGCAUUAUCUUAGGUGUAAUAUCAUAAACUGAGAGAUUAUCCUGCCUGUAUUCAGUGUUUUCAUGCAGCAGUUUUAUUUUUGUUGACAUUCACAGUACUGUAAUAAGUAAUAGACUUGAUGAUCACUAUCACAUCUGUGCCUGCCUUGCAGAUGUGAUCUUAUCAGGGUUCCACUCUGUCAGAAUGCCUUUAAAAAAAAAAAAAUCAGAAAGAAAAAGAAGAA